AUGGCUCCAAACGACACUAUAACGCCUCAUUCACGUACCAAAACGGGAUCACAUGUCACCAACGAAAUCUAUGAUGGCCGCUCACAGAGCCGACUGGACACCUUGAACCCCGAUAAUGCCAAUGAGGGGCCAUCACCCGGCUCUCCAGAAGAGUCUGAGAGUGAAGAAGACAAUCAAGUGGCCCAGUCAGAAGCUGUCCACCGAAGACGCGUCCAGAAUGCCCAAUUUGAAGCCUUGAUCUCGGAACGUGUUCUUCGCAAUUCCAGUAAAGAAACAAAGCCUGAUGAAUCUGACCGGCCGGACGAUGAGCUUUCUAUUGCCCUCCUACUGGCGAAGCAAGAGUGUAAAACGGGCAGUUUAGAUCCUCGUGAAUACCAGAUUGAACUGUUUGAGCGUGCAAAGGCCAGAAAUAUCAUCGCGGUACUCGAUACAGGCUCUGGAAAGACAUUGAUCGCGGUUCUCCUGUUGAAACAUAUCCUCAAUUCGGAGUUUAUCGACCGAGCUAAUGGAAAGGCCCAUCGGGUGGCAUUCUUUUUGGUCGAUAGUGUGACGCUUGUCUUCCAGCAGGCGGCCGUUCUCCGAAACAAUCUUGACCAAAAUGUGGCACACAUUUACGGUGCCAUGGGUCCGGAUUUCUGGGACUCUGAGACCUGGGUAGACCUGUUCAAUCGACAUAUGGUGGUCGUGUGUACAGCUGAGAUUCUCAACCAUGCUCUACUCAAUGGAUUUGUGAAGAUGAGCCAGAUCAAUUUGUUGAUCUUUGAUGAAGCUCACCAUACAAAGAAGGACCACGUCUAUGCACGUAUCAUUCGAGAGUUUUAUCUCCCGACAGACAAGUCUCAACGUCCAAAGAUUUUUGGGAUGACUGCCUCCCCAAUCGAUGCCAAAGUAAACAUUGCAGACGCAGCUAUACAGCUCGAGACUCUCUUGGAUAGCGAAAUUGCAACGACGUCCCAUUUGACCUUGUUACGUCAAGUCGUGAGAAGGCCAAAAGAGGAGGUUUGGGCAUACGCAAAGCUCGAUUCACCAUACCAGACAGAGCUAUACACAGAGAUGGAAAGACGUUUUGUAAAUGUCAAAGCCCUCAGGCCAAUUCUACGGUUCGCGCUGAAUGCCACCUCAGAACUAGGAAGGUGGUGUGCGGACCAGGUAUGGGAGCGGGCCAUAGCGGACGAUGUACUACGAAAACUCGAGGGCAUUUUAUCCAAGGAAACAGAUCCAGACUCCCAGAAGCAGAGUCAGGAAGAAACCAAGCGGGACAUCAGGCAGGUGAAAGAAGCCUGUCGCAUUGUGAUUUCUCACCAAUCCCAGCAUCCCUCAGAGGCAGGUCAGCUCAGCCCCAAGGUUGAGCUGUUCGUGAAACGACUGAGUGAACUGUUUGCGACGUCAGAGAGUAGGAAAUGCAUCGUCUUUACCCAGCGCCGAAACACGGCGAAGACUUUGCAUCGGCUUUGUGAGAAACUGGACAUCAUCAAUCUUCGCCCUGGAGUGCUGGUCGGGAUCAACCACGAUCUCACGGGAUCCACAACGUUCCGCCAUCAGUUCCUCGUUUUGUCCAAGUUUCGCCAGGGUGAAAUAAAUUGUCUUUUUGCAACAUCUGUUGCAGAAGAGGGUCUCGAUAUUCCAGAUUGCAAUCUUGUUGUGAGGUUCGAUCUUUACGACACACUGAUUCAGUAUGUCCAAAGUCGGGGCCGUGCAAGACAUGCCAACUCAACCUAUGCUACCAUGAUCGAAAUGGGGAAUGAUGAUCACAAAAGGCGGCUACAAGAAAUUCAAGAAGCAGAAAGCCUCAUGAAAACUUUCUGCAAAUCUCUGCCCGAAGAUCGCCUCCUGCUGCACGGAAACGAAAAUGACUUGAAUAUUCUUCUGAAGAAGGAAGAAAAGAAGAGAAUCUACACCGUCCCUUCAACCGGCGCGAAGCUUACUUACGAACAUGCAAUUAGUGUUCUGGACCGCUAUGCCAGCUCCUUGCAAUAUGAGGAUGGCAUUUCAGCAUCAGUCAAUUAUGUCCUCUUCUCACAGGCCCAGUCAUACUUCUGUGAGAUAAUUCUCCCAGAGAAGUCGCCCAUUAGAGGAUUGAUUGGAGGACGAGCAUCCAGAAAAACCUUGGCCAAACAGUCUGCUGCCUUUGAUACGUGCAUCUUGCUUCGCAGAAACAAUUUGCUUGACACUAACUUCAGGUCCGUCUAUCAAAAGCGUCUGCCGGCUAUGCGUAAUGCUAAGUUAGCGGUCGCAUCGAAGAAGACAAACAAGUACAUCAUGGUUUGUAAGCCCUCGAUCUGGCAUCAAGAAGAAGAAACUAUUCCGGAGACGCUCUAUGGGAUGCUCAUAAAACUGAUCCCAUCAAAGCCCUUGAAAAGAGAGCACCAAACUCUGCUGCUGUUGUCUCGAAAGAGGCUUCCUUCAUUUCCGUCGUUUCCGAUAUUUCUGGAUAAUGAUGUCAGCACGGUCGUCCAGACGGCGGACAUUGGUAUCCCAUUUUCAGUCACUUUUCAGGAGCUGAACCAAUUGUCCAAUUUUACGCUUGCGGUCUUCCACGAUGUGUUCCACAAGAAUUUUGACCCAGCUCCUGAGAAAUUUCCCUACUGGCUUGCUCCAGUCCGUGCAGUUGCUAGUAAAUUUAAUUCAAAUGCCGCGCCCAUGUCUUUAGUAGACUGGGAGACGGUGGCCUUUGUUCAAGAUCACCUAGACUGGCAUUGGUCCCCAGACAUGGAUGUUGAUUUUCUCCUGAGCCGCUUCAUUUACGAUCCAUGGGAUGGUAGGAAACGGUACUUUCCAAUUGCCGUUGAACCCAACCUGCGCGCGUCGGACCCACCGCCUGACUGGACACCUCGCCGACGAUGGAUGCAAGAUAUCGUCAACUAUUCGCUGAGUCUUCCGAAAAAUUCCCGCCCCAAGGUUCUACGUCAUUGUGAUUGGAACCAGCCUGUCCUCCAGGUAGAAUGUCUCUGGCUCCGAAGGAACUUUCUCGACAAAGUGACUGAUCCAGAAAAAUUGGUGGCCACAAAAUGCGUUGUCUGCCCACAGCCAUUGGCCAUAUCGUCGAUCCCGCUGGCGACAGUGACUACGUGCCUGGCCUUUCCUGCUAUCAUUAGCCGGUUGGAGUCCUACAUGAUCGUGAUGGAGGGCUGUAAGUCUCUCGAUCUGGAUAUCAAGACGGAAUAUGCCCUAGAAGCCUUUACUAAAGACUCCGACCAUACGGAAGAGCACCGAGCUAUGCAGGUUCAUGUACAGCGAGGCAUGGGAAAGAACUAUGAGCGCCUGGAGUUUCUGGGGGAUAGCUUUCUCAAGAUGGGAACAACGAUCUCGCUCUUCGCCCAAAGACCAGACGAUGGUGAGUAUGACUACCACGUUCAUCGGAUGUGUCUCAUCUGCAACAAGAAUUUAUUCAGCACGGCCAUCAAGCUUCGGCUCUUUAUGUACAUCCGUAGCCGUGGCUUCUCUCGGCAUACUUGGUACCCUCCAGGUUUGAAACAACUCAACGGGACUAGCUAUGCCAAGCAUACUGCUUCAGAGAGCUUCCAUAAUCUCGGCGAAAAGACGAUUGCCGACGUGUGUGAAGCAUUGAUUGCGGGGUCUUUGCUCACCGGUGGCAAAGACAAUCGAUUUGACUUCGCUGUCCGAGCAGUGACUCUUCUUGUUGACAGUGAAAACCAUACAGCAACUUCUUGGGCCGACUAUGCUGCAUCCUACAUCAAACCGGCAUACCAGAUACAAGCACCUGAUGGAGCCGAGAGAGACCUUGCCGACAAAAUAUUUGAGAAGCUAGGAUAUCGCUUCAAUUUUCCUCGUUUGUUGCGGUCAGCUUUCACGCAUCCUUCUUAUCCGACGGUAUACGCUAAAGUGCCCUGCUACCAACGACUUGAGUUCCUGGGUGAUGCACUUCUCGACAUGGUAUGCAUAGAGUACUUGUUCCAUCGGUUCCCUGACAAGGAUCCCCAGUGGCUCACCGAGCACAAAAUGGCUAUGGUCUCGAACAAAUUCCUGGGGGCCUUAGCAGUCAGGCUGGGCCUGCAUCGGCAUCUUCAAUACUUUGGUGGCCCACUGCAGGGGCAAAUCACCCACUACGCCGAAGAUAUCCAGCUCGCAGAGACUGAGGUCGACGGGGCGAUGGAUUACUGGCUUGCCACCAGGGAUUCCCCAAAGUGUCUCCCAGAUAUGCUCGAGGCAUAUCUUGGCGCCAUCUUCGUGGAUUCGGAAUUCGAUUUCACCGUGGUCGAAGACUUCUUCACCGCUCAUGUCAGGCCCUUCUUCGAGGACAUGUCUCUGUAUGACACGUUUGCCAAUAAGCACCCGACAACCUAUCUUCACAGCCAAUUGACGAACGUCUAUGGAUGCACCAAUUAUUGUCUCAAGACCGGUGAAAUCCCUGAGAUUGAUGGAGACAAGUCAAAGAUUCUGGCUGCCGUGAUGGUGCACGGUGAAUCUAUCGCGGAUGCGGUUGGGACGUCUGGUCGGUACGUGAAGGUUAGGGCGAGCGAAAGGGCACUGGUGGCGAUCCAAGGAAUGCUUAUUUCCGAUUUCCGGCUCAAGUAUCACUGUGACUGCGGGCCAGUGGAAGCAAAGGACCUGGAGGAGAUGGAUAUCGGGACUGCAGUGUGA